AUGGCUAGGAUUCAAGAAGAAAUGCAACAUAGGGUCAAUGCUGUUGCUGGAACUUCUAUUGCUACUAUAGAUCUUCCUGUGCCACCACAAGAAAUGUGCUUAGUGCCUGGCGUGAGAAUACCCACAAAAUUGAAAUUCCCAUACUUUGAGAAGUAUAAAGGGGAAAGAGACCAUAAAACUCACAUUCGGUCUUACUGCCUAAAGAUAGUUGUGUAUUUUGAUGAUGAGAGAUUGCUCAUGCAUUUCUUUCAAGAUAGUCUGAGUGGAGCCUCACUUGAGUGGUACAUGCAGUUAGAGGGUAACCAUAUCCGUUCUUGGAGGGACAUAGUCGAAGCUUUCUUAAAGCACUAUCAAUACAAUACUGACAUGGCUCCAAAUUAUACCCAACUCCAAAACCUCACCCAGAAGUCCGACGAAACUUUCAAGGAGUACACCCAAUGUUGGAGGGAGUUAGCUACAGGAGUGCAACCUCAUAUGUUGGAGCGAGAGCUUGUGGAUAUGUUUAUGGGAAAUAUUCAAGGACCGUACUUGGAUAGGAUGGUAGGGAGUACAUUCUUUGGCUUUCCAGACUUAGUUAUCACCGGUGAGAGAAUUGAGAACAUGAUUAAAAUGGGAAAUAUCCAGAAUGCUUCUAGUACCUCUAGUGUAGUGAAGAAACCUUAUGUUGCUUAUGGGGGGAACACCAACAUACCGUGCACCUUAUAA